CUUACAUAGUAUUAAUUUCGUAUCGACGUUGAAAUGGGUUGGUUGGUUAAACUCCGAAAAGCAAUGUUUAUUAGCUAGGUCGCAUUGAAACUACCUCCUGGUUGGUAUAUAAUUGGCCGCCACCGCGUCUAUUAAGCUUAAAUCGUGAUAGGUCGCGUGCCGGUAUCCGGGUGAGAUAGGUAAGUAUAACAAACACGUCUUGCUUGGCAUAGGAUGUGGCGUCUUACUGUCAAAUCAAGAAGUUGGAUUGAAUCGGAACCCUGGCGAACGUCAAGCUAAUGCCUUGGCAAAUCUCUUUCCCGCGCUCAUCAUGAUCCAGAAACAUUAUAGGGGGAGGUUGAAAUAACCUCGAAGGUCCCGCGUCUUGGGAAUAGCCUAUCUCCUAUUUGCCUCUUAGAUUCGGGAGCGUCUAAAUAUUGGGUAAACAAUAUGGCCGGGGACGAUAUGGAGAAGGUUCAAGAGGCCCUCCCACGGACCUCACGGUUAGCAUUUAUACGAUCCAAGAAAGGAAUUGCAAUUUUCACGGCCGUCAGCUGCCUCCUCGUCACAGUGGUGGUGGUAAUAGUUCUUGCAGCGACAGGCGUGGUUCAUCCUGGCAAUUCAUCUGAUGGAUCUAAGUUUAAUGGACAGUCGGCUGCUGUCUCUUCACCAACAUCGGCUAUCUUGGUAGCCACAAGUACAGCGACAACAGUAGUCGGUGUGCUUGAGCCAACAUCAACUUCAGUUUCCACUACAGCUACAUCCACAACAUCAUCAUCCUCUACGUCUAAGACUACUACAGCCGCGUCUACUACAUCGAAGUCGACAUCGUCCUCGGAUGUCUCUACGUCCUUCGCUACAACAACUGGCGCGAAAUCUGCCGCAAGCCCUAGCGAUGUUCCUCUGAGAAUAAUGGCUCUCGGCGCCUCCAUUGUUAAGGGAGAGACCUCCCCUGGCUAUUUGGGGUUCCGAAAGCCAAUGCGUGAUCAACUUGUUGACCUGGGUUAUGAAGUAAACAUGGUGGGUUCCGUGAGACUAGGCGAUUUUGUGGAUAACGACGUUGAGGCGUAUGGAGGCAAGAAAAUUACGGAGAUGCACAACUAUGCCAAGAAGGCCGUACCCAAGAUGUUACCCAACGUGUUCCUCAUAAAUCUGGGAACCAACAAUCUUCUACAGAACAAGGAUGUCGACAAAGUGGGACAACAGAUGGAAGACAUGAUCAACUACUUACUGACAGCGUCCGAUAAAUCGACAGUCAUCCUAAGCACGAUGCUCACGAACAAGGUUGGCAACCUCGAGACAGAGGUCCUGGACAUGAACAAACAAUAUCGGGAUGUUGUCAAGAAGUUCGAAGCAGAUGGAAAACAUGUCGUCCUAGCCGAGAUGCAUCCUAGUGAGGGCGCUUCAGGGGUUCCCUCAGUAAAUGAGAUCGGCCCCGACGGCUCUCACCCUACAGUCCAGGGCUAUGAGAUGAUGGGUAGUAUAUUUGUCCGGGCGAUCCAAGAGGCUAACAGUAAGGGGUUUAUUCAAGAGCCGGCCAAGAAUGGUAUUCCCGACGAUGGUGAAGCUGGGAGGGAUGGAUUCUAGCAGCCAGGCCGCCGCGACAUUGCAAUCACUUCUAUCACCAGGAGACAUUCCAAAUAUUACACGAUUCCCGAACCGACAUAACGUGAUGGAUUCUACCGCAAUACAACUAUGAAGCAACUCUGGAGACGGGCAACGAGACAAUCAGAACAAGACUUCGUAAAUCGGAUUUGCACGAUGAUAUUUUAAUUGUCGAGACGUAUAUACGAAAUUCCAUCUCACUGAAGCGGUGACAGCUCCAUUAUAUACACGCCAUUACACAUGAAGCGUAACCUAAUGAACAGCAACGGGGAGGAUGUUGAUAUGCAUGGUUAUUUGCUUUGAAAACCAUUUGGAUCCUGAAGAGUCUUAUGACGGCAAUGUGUAGGACAUAAUAUACGGAGGUAGAUCAUACAUAUUGCCAAUCUCAACUGAAUGAGACGUAUCAAGUUAAGUCUAGCUUGAUUCAGGAGACGGGGGGGGGUUGAUUGAAGAGGACUUUACAUUAGGUACCUACCUAGGUUAGUUAUCUAUAUAACCAACUUGCAACAU